UCAAAACGUUAAUUCGGAGGAACUAAUUCGGAGGUGUUUAUAGGCUUACACCGUUCCCAAAAAUUAGAAAUCCGUAAUUGAAUUUGAACAUUGCGAAUUGUGCACUAUAUUAUGUUGUCCUCAUUUGAAGGAACCAAUCAGAUGGCUCAGAUUGGGUCAUGUGGUAAAUUACUGGGAAGAUGGAAAUCCUAGGAUGUAGAGCUAUAUGGUUGGUGCUACGGCUUUGAUCAACCAAUGUACAGUGUGUCGGAUGGCAAGUGUGCUACCAUUAUCUGCGGAAACCUGGCGCAGACCAACAAAUACCAUUCUUCAAUUUCAGCCAAGUUCAGGCCAUCACCUGUCGGGAUCUGGAUGAUGAAUUCUGCAUCGAGAGGCAGAGAUUCGUCCGGACAACGGAAUCACGCCAAGCCGCAUGACGUCAAACUUACAAGCGGACCAAUGGGCGAACAAAACACCGCAUACGAAUUUUACGGGCGAAUCACAUCAUAUUUGAGUAUCCCUCAUUCAGAGUCCAUGGACGUUGGAGCAAAUGGAUCCUUCACAUUUACAGCAUUUGUUAAGACUGCGAAAUCUACGGCAGCUUUUAUAGACUACAACCAAAACUCACCAUAUGCGCUGCAUAUAUGGUCCUACCCAUCUUUUACUUUAAAUGCCAACAUGCCGAGCCGAUCGCCGCAUAGAUCUCAUGAGAAAUAUUUCCUCAGUUUGAAGCUAACUGCCAACACGUGGCAUUUCAUAGGCGUUUCGCAAGAUUCGCCGAAGACAAAACUGAUCGGAGUGGUUGAUGAUAAGUCGGAAACGGACGAUUUUGGCGGAUGGAAAGUUUAUACGAACACAUCGGAAACAUAUUUGGGUAGGCGACUCUCUGAAUCUAAUAGCUUUCUCGAAGGGAAGAUGAGUUGUACGAUGCUGUUCAAUGUGCCACUCUCCUUCAAUGAGAUGCAACGGGCAAGGAAGUUCUGCAUGAAAAACGCCAAAAAGAGCGAUUCUGUUUUUAAGAAGUUUUCCGACGGGGCCAUUCCGAGCCAUCAUAGAUUGACGCAGCGCCAAGCCGAAGCAUUAAUUCAGUGUUCCCGUCUUUGCCACAAGAACGACGCGUGUAUGUCUUUCUCCUACGAACUGACCACCAAAGCAUGUGUGCUGUCCAAUACGGAUUUCUUCCUUGAAACUGUUUCAACUGAAACUGCGACCGGGAUGGACGUUUACUCGACUUUCUUUUUUCGUUAGUGUUAUGUAGAACGCUGAACGAUUUGGAACGACAAAACGAGCAGUCAGAACUUUCCACCCGACUCCAGACGCCACAACCAGGGCAAGUUGCUCCAUCGGCGUUAGCGCUAACGUUGGCUUAUCCUAUUCAAAUGUACAUUUACUAGUGUAAAUGAAAUAUAAUGAAGGAGUUAACGCUUGAGAGUUGGGCUAACGCUGGCGUUUGUCUUCAACAACAACGCGUUUUUGUUUGUCUUAGGGUGAUUUUACGGGAAACUAUACCGCAUAGGGCAGCAAUCAGUUGCGCGGGCUUAGUGGUGAUGUGACAAAGCCUCUUUCCAAAUCGAAAAAAUCGUUUAGUCUGGUUACACUAUUCAUCUAUUUCACAAUUAGGUUGAAAUUCUGUCUAUGAAUAUACUCGCACAUACUGUCAACAUUGCGAAAGCUGUCAUCACGUAUAAAAUGUACUCAUUAGUUAACCAUUCAGUCGUGGAUAUGCAUGACACAACUAUUUGGAUACAGUGUGUAAAUCAAGAAUUAGUAUACAUGAAUUAUUGUCGAUACAUUGUUAUUCAAGACAAAGAUGAGGGCAACAGUGGUGUGGAUCGCGGUGAGAACGAUCAGUCUUAGAGUAAUGCACGAACACUGACGCGCUGUCGGGCAGCGUCUUUGUAUAUGGCCCUGCGACGGUCUCGGGCAUCCUGAGAAUAUCAGAAAUUUUAUGAUUCGUUGCUCUCUCACCACAAUGUGCGGGACGUAGGAGCUAGCGCUAAGAACACCUGAUACUCUCAGGAUGGUCUCUGGUGCACUGGGCGAGAUAAACCAAUUGGGUUGAGCAACCAAGCCCACGACCACCAGUGCCGAUAAUGCCGCACGGGGAAUUCGCGGCACUAAUCAACCUGCACACCAUAGGGGUUUUUUUCAGAUGGCAUGGCGGUUCGAUGAAAUGGUAAGCAUAUUGAUGCCAUUCCGCGUUCCCAAGGGAUUGUUAUGAUAUUAAUCGGAAAAUUUGAUACGUUCUUUUUCAUUGAUGAUUGUUGAAAUAGGCACACAGUGUAUUGUUAAUUUCCCGAGAGACAAAUUGGCAUUUAUAUUUGAUUUGAAUUAAAAAUCAUUUCAAAAUUAAUUCUGUAAAUUGUUCAAUGCAAAUGAAGUAGCAACCACAUUAUUGAUACCAACAAUUCCGAAAGAUACAUUGCCUCAUCCGUAAUUCCAUCCACGGUGCCACAGAUCUCUGCAAAUGCAACAAGACCUCGCACACAUUCACCAUGCUUCGAGCUCUAGCGUGCACACCGGACUUCAGCCCAUAAUUUCUUUGACAGUAAGAAUACACAUUGUAUAUUUUGAGAGACGCUUCAUUCUUAUAGCCUUGGUUACAGCGGAUAACAACUUAAUCAUUAAGUAAGGUAUUUUGGGUAUAGGUAUAAAUGUACAUCGAUCGAAGUUUUGCGGAAAUUAAAGCCACAUUUUUCAAUGGUGCAUGGUUCAAUACUACUGUAAUGAUAUUUCUCUGCACGAAAAGAAGCUUUUAGGCACUCAGCGUCUAA